AAGGCUUGAGUCUCCCGAGCCCUUCGCAGUACAGCAGAGUGGCAGCGCCCGGUGAUACUGUUGAAUCGGGCCCGGGCCCUAAACGGGACCCGGACCCAGACUUAGGCUGGGAGAGAGCGCUUACCCACGUUAGCUGACGAAAGAUAAUCGAGCUCGUAAUCUUGCCAAGGACCUUUCUCUCCAGCGCUGCCCUGAGUCAGUGAGAAGACACAAGUUGCUUUAGAGGGUGCCAUUAUCACACCAUGGGAAACCACCUUACAGAGAUGGCACCAAAUGCCUCGGUAUUCCUGCCCCACUUCCAGGCCUUGCACGUGGUGGUCAUCGGACUGGACUCAGCAGGAAAGACCUCGCUUUUGUACCGGCUCAAAUUCAAGGAGUUUGUCCAGAGCGUACCCACCAAGGGUUUCAAUACAGAAAAGAUCCGGAUGCCUGUGGGAGGGUCUCGGACCAUCACCUUUCAGGUGUGGGAUGUGGGGGGGCAGGAGAAGCUGCGGCCACUGUGGCGUUCCUACACUCGGCGAACAGAUGGGAUGGUGUUUGUAGUGGAUGCCACUGAGACAGAGAGGUUGGAGGAAGCCAAGAUAGAACUCCACCGGAUCAGCCGGGCCUCGGACAACCAAGGUGUGCCUGUGUUGGUGCUGGCCAACAAGCAGGACCAGCCUGGAGCUUUGAGUGCAGCAGAAGUGGAGAAGCGGCUAGCCCUCAAAGAACUGGCCACUGCCACUCUCACCUAUGUCCAGGGCUGCAGCGCAGUGGAUGGACUGGGGCUGCAGCCUGGGCUAGAGAGACUUUAUGAGAUGAUUCUCAAACGAAAAAAGGUGUCUUGGGCUGGAACUGGGCGGAAGAGGUGGUGAAACCAGAGACCUAUGAUGAUCCCACCUAUUCUGGGACACGGGGACCUAUGUGCCCCUCUGCUCUUCUCACCGAUGAAGGACCAGGAGUUCACAGCCUCCAUGAAAAAUAGAAGCUUGGAAAAGAACUUGUGUACUUCCUUUCUGAAUGUCUUCUGAGGAGUUGGGAUUUUAUAACACCACCUUGCCCACUCAAUCUCCCAAUAUGUGAAGUGGAGGCUGGAGCUGUGGAUUCAGAAUUCAAAUGUGACUCUACCUCAUCCCUACUCCUACCUUUUUUUCCUUCUAGGUUUGAAAAAAAAUCAGAAUGGUCUUAUGUGGAAGGGGUGAAGUUUGGAAAAUGGACACAAGGUUGAACUUGAACCUCCCCUCCCGCCAGAAUUAAAAAAUGUUAGUCUCUAUUUCAGACCCUAAGGGUUUGUUUUCUAAGGACUUCAGUUCGCAAUACAUAGUCUCUAUUUUUUUUAUGUGUGUGAAAUUCUCAAGGGAAACUUCCCCUCCCACCCUAUUCUCCCCCUUAAAAAAGAAAGCCAUGUCUGUUCUGUAUUAUUAAUAACUAAUUUUUUAGGAUUUGUCUGUAUUAAGUUAUUAAAAUAGUGAAACUA